AAAUUUACAAUUUUAACUGAAUUCAAACAAUUUUUAAUCUAAUUUAAAAGUUUCUCUAUAAAAGUUUUUUUUUUUGGCUUAGAACAAAAAAAAAUUAAUCGAAAGUGACAGUGUCUAGUUUUAAGUGAAAAAAAAGUAAAAUUUUCCUAAAAAUAAAAUAAAAUAUUUUUUUUGGGAAACCUUCAUACGAAAUUUCCGCUUUCGUUAGCUGAAUGGACAUUAAUUGGAUUAUUUCUUCACGUACGAGCUCUUUGGCCAUGAUCGAGUGCAUUUAUCAAUGUUACUCAAUGUAAAGAACGGAAAUUAUAAAAAAAAUGUGGUUUGAGAACCGGUGCAGUAUCAAUUUACAAAAAAUUCAAGUAAAAAUAGAAAUAAUUUCGAAAAUGCAUCAGAUUCUUCUUAUCUAAACAUUUCUCACGUAAAAACAAGACAAAAUUAAUCUUUGUGUCAAUCUUCAGCUCAAAACAAAAGUCUUAAGAAAAGUAAAUAUUUGUGCAAUAAAAAAAUAAAAAAAAAUGGUUGACAAGUUGCACGAGUAUCAGGGCAUCUCGGGACGACUCCAUGAGUUGCGAGAUAACGUAAAAAAUCAGUAUUCGACGUGGCGCGAAGAGAAUCCGCAGCAAAAUUUGGUCCAACUGUUCGUGAGUAAAGUUAGGCCCAGCCCUGGCGGCGGAUUAAAUCCAGAUGAUCCCGAAAAGGCCAUCGGAUUAGCAGCAACCAGUGAAAAUGAUUAUUCGCAUAUUUAUAGGAGUAAAACUCGUGCUGAGCUGGUUCGCGUUUCUUCUGCCGUGAUGGGCAUCGAAUUUUCCUACGCUGCCGAGACGGCUUUUGUGUCGCCAACUUUACUAAAAAUCGGUGUAGCGCAUCAAAAAAUGACUCUAGUUUGGGGAUUGUCGCCGCUAGUUGGUUUCUUUUUGACUCCCAUUUUGGGUUCACUGAGCGAUCGAUGUCGCUCGAACUUUGGAAGACGUCGUCCGUUUAUUUUGCUUUUGUCCGUGGGAGUUUUUCUUGGAUUGCUUCUUGUUCCAAACGGAGUUGAAAUUGGAUAUUGGUUCGGAGAUCCUCGUCCUGUGACGUCAGAAUUUGAUUAUUCCGCGAUAAAUGGAGGGAACGCAACAACGAUGGAUCCAAUUCCAGCAGCUCCGAAGAACGAACAUCCUUGGGGAAUUUUCUUCACGAUUCUCGGAACAGUUUUGCUCGAUUUUGACGCCGAUGCUUGUCAAAGUCCUUCGAGGGCGUAUUUGCUUGACGUUACACUGCCAGAAAAUCAUGCGAGAGGCUUGACGACUUUUACAAUCAUGGCUGGGCUCGGAGGCUUUAUGGGAUAUUCGCUCGGCGGGAUCAACUGGGAUGACACGUUCAUUGGAGUUUGGUUUGGAGGUCAUGUUCGAGCAGUUUUUUCCUUGAUUACGAUAAUUUUCGUAAUUUGUAUUUACUUGACGAUCACGAGUUUCGCUGAAAUUCCGUUGUGGAUGAUUGAAGGCAGCAUGAAUAAACUUACCGAAGACGAAAUUUACGGCGAAGAAGAAGCUCCGGUUAAGACAGACAUCCAUAGAUCAGCGUCAGAUGCCAAUCUUGAACUAAAUCGAGAGGCAACCGCUUCCUAUGGAGCAACGGGAAACAGUCUUGGAGUGCCCGAAAAUCCUUUUCAGUCACAACGGCGUAACACAAUGCCAUCAAACCCAUUCAAAAGUGACGAAUAUGCAGCUUUGCCAGGAGCGAAUGUCAAUGAAACGUCUUUUACGGAGAAUGCAAGUCAUUUAGGUCAAAAGGAGCCAUCGGUAGAAGCAAGUUCAGCUACUUUGAAGCAUUAUUUGUUGUCAAUAGUGUUCAUGCCAUUUUCAUUAAGAAUCGUUUGUUUGACGAACUUGUUUUGCUGGAUGGCUCACGUUAGUUAUUCGCUGUAUUUUACGGAUUUUGUGGGAGAAGCUGUGUUCGGAGGGGAUCCUAAGGCCCCUCCCGGAAGCGUUUCUUACGAGCUCUACCAAGAAGGCGUUCGUUUCGGUUGCUGGGGCAUGGCAAUGUAUUCCCUUUCAUGUUCCUGCUACAGUCUCAUCAUCGAAAAACUCAUAAAACGCUUUAAAGCGAAGCCCGUUUACAUCGGCGGCCUAGUUUUCUACAGCACAGGCAUGACAUUAAUGGCACUGACUAAACAUCCCGUUGGCGUAAUUUUGUUUAGUUGGACUGCUGGCGUCAUGUAUUCCACACUUUUCACGAUGCCGUAUUUGCUUGUUGCUGCUUAUCACGAUAAAGGAGUCUUUUCUGUGACAAAUGAAGGCGUCGCGGAAAGUACUCAAGUUCGAGGCUUGGGAACGGAUGUCGCCAUUGUCAGUAGCAUGGUCUUUUUAGCCCAAUUCAUACUGUCGAUGGGCAUGGGAACUGUCGUCUCUGUCACAGGCACCACGACAGCCGUUGUAAGUGUCGCGAGUUUUCUCGCAUUUUGUGGAGCGAUAUCUGCUUCACAAAUAAUGUACUUGGAUCUCUAAUUUUCUUCAAAAAAAGAAGAAAAAAAAUUAAAAAAAAAAUCAUUUAAAGCCAAAAAAAUUCAAUAUUGAACGAAUAAAUGUU